AUGCCUCGCAAAGCCGCUGCUACUACCAAAGAAGCUGCAGAGCCUCGUCGCUCAUCGCCGAAACCUCGGGCCAAAAAAGUGGAUAAGGAAGCGAAGGCCGACAAGGAGACCAAAGCUGAUGCUGAGGAAAAGCAAAGGCUGCUCGAGGCCGGAAGCAAAGAGCCCCCUGCGAAGAAGGCCAAGCCUGCGUCUAAAGCGAAGCCUGCAUCCAAAGCCGCUGAUGCUAAGCCUGCAUCCAAGGCUGCCGAUGCUAAGCCUGCGUCCAAGCCCCCCUUCCCGGGCCUCUACCAAGCCGCCCUCCAGAGCUGCGUCCAAGAAGCCUGCAUCCAGGGCUGGAUCCAAGAAACCAUCCUCCAAGGCAUGUUGAAUUGCUUCUCUCGUCUCCUCUGGCGCUAUUCUGCGGUUAUCAGCCCCCUUCGUGAGCGUAGCGCUGAUCCUCGCCUUUUGGUCUUUUUCUUUGCUUGUUUGAUGUACAGGUUGGCGCCCAAGAGCCUGCAGCCCCCGCCAACCCCCGUCGAAGAGACCAUUGCUGAAGAGCCUGAAGCCGAAGCUGCGGCUACUGCUGCUAAUGGCGAUGUGGAAGCUGAGAACGAAGACAAGAGGAGGAAGCUGCGCCCGCUGAGGCUUGACCGUCCAACAUUCGGCAGCGCCUCCCUUAUCACUACCCCAUUCACCACCAUUCUACCCGCUGAGCGUUCUUUCCUCUUUCCACAUAAUAGAUGA